UACUGCACCUCAUCACAUAAUCCAAAAAUGAACGACAUCGAAGUGUGACUCUUGCGCUCUUCUCGUUGCUGUUGGUGUUCUGAUUCAAUUGAAGUGAUCCGAGGCACGGCAUUUACACAACCAUGGCAUAUGCGCCGCCAGCACCGCAGGGACCCCCCGACAAACAAGCCAGCAUCAAAAAGAACAUCCCCGAAGAUGUGGCGCAUAUCAUUGCCAGAGAGAACAGUCAAGACGACGACGACGACGAUGGCAGCACCAACAUCGACGAAUCCACCGCCGACUAUCAUGAACUCGAGCGCCGCCUACGGCGCAAAGUCGACCUCCGCCUCUGCACCAUCGCCGGCAUCCUCUGCUCCCUCAACCUGCUCGACUCUGGCGUUAUCAGCUCCGCUUCCGUCACCUCCAUGAUCCCCGACCUGGGCUUGUACGGCAACAAAUUCAGCAUCAGCAUCUUCAUCUUCACCGUCUCCAGCAUCGCCUUCCAGCUGCCCUCGACCAUUGCUGUGCGCAUGUUUGGCCCGCGCAUUUGGUUCUCGUUCAUCACUGUGAGCUUUGGCGUGAUUACCAUGUGCACCGCGUUCAUCCAUACGUGGCAGCAGAUGAUUGCAUUGCGCGUGUUGCUGGGGAUGGCCAUGUCGGGUAUCUACCCUGGUUUGAGCUAUUUGAUUUCGGCGUGGUAUUUACGGCGCGAGCAGCAGACGCGGUAUGCUUUUAUGCAGAGCGGCGAGGUCAUCAUCCUUGCAACAGGCAGCAUCGUCAACUUUGGCUUGAAUCAGCUAAACGGCCAAGGCGGACUGGCAGGAUGGAGGUACAUGUUUCUGGUGCAAGGCCUCAUCUCCAUCGUCAUCGGCGUCAUCACCUACUUCUGGAUGGUCGACUUCCCCGAACACAGCCACAAAUCCCUCUGGUUCCUCACGGAAGAAGAGCAAGCCCUGGCCGUCUCACGCAUCCAGCGCGACCGCAAAGACGUGCAAGCCGACCCCUUCGCCUGGGCCAAAGUCCUGCGCCACGCCCGCGACCUCAAAGUCUACGGCUUCGCGCUGCUCUUCUUCCUCCUCAACCUCGUCUCCACCUCCCUCUCCUACUUCCUGCCCAUCAUCCUGCGCACCGGCAUGGGCUUCGGCGAAAACCAGGCCAUCAUCCUCUCCUCGCCCCCCUACUACUACUCCGUCAUCCCCGUGAUCCUCACCUCCCUCAUCGCCGACCGCUACCGCAUCCGCGGGCCCGUCAUUGUCUUCAACUGCGUCUGCCUCGUCGUCGGCUUCUGCAUGCUCGGCUUCGUGCGCCAGGUCACCGUGCGCUACAUUGGCACUUUCCUCGCGACGGGAGCGUACAUUUCCAACUGGGCGGCGUUGACCGCUUACUACCAGAACAACAUCGCGGGCCAGUGGAAGCGCGUGUACACCGCCGCGGUGGUGACGAUGUUCAAUGGCGCGGGCGGCAUUGCGGGCAGUUUCAUUGUCCGGCAGAACCAGGCGCCGUGGUAUCCCACUGCCGUGUGGAUUAGCAUUGCGAGUCAUGUGGUGAUUGUUGCGUUUGUGGGGUUGUUUUCUGCUUGGUUCUUUGUUGCGAAUCGGAGACAAAAGGCUGGGAAGACGGUGUUGGAGGAGACGGAGGGGUUCAGGUAUACGUUUUAGGCGAGUCUGGUAUGAAUUACGAUUCCCCUUUCUCAGCCGCCAUUCCGGG